GCUUAGUGGCGAAGAGGCCUGAGCUUCCCUGCCAGCUAAAGCUAAGAUCUAUGCUGCCCUUUGACCAUCGUCUGACGGGAGAUCCAGGGCACGGGAGAUCCAGGAUGACGCGCCGCUUGCUGCUGCUGCUGGUGGCAUGUUUGUUGGCAUGCACGUGUGUGUCGGGUCAGAAGAAGGUGAGCGUGACGGAGGUGUCGGUGGACAGCGCUGUGGAGGACAUCCAGUGGGGCGGUGCGGAUCACAGCGUGGUGUUUCUCAAGACCACCAAGGGACGGCUGUACCGCAGCACCGACUCGGGCAAGCAAUGGAACGACAUCACCAACAGCCUCGUCCUCUCCGAGACAGAGCCUGGCGCGCCGGCCACGGCCAUCACCGUCGACAGCAUGCUGCUCAACCCCGUCGACAAGAACAUUGUGCUCGUCGUCGGCACCAAGCACAGCCACUUCAUCUCCAACGACGCGGGACGCACCUGGAGAAGACUCAAGCAGCGGGUGCCGAUCCACUCGUGGCAGUUCCAUCCCACGCAGCCGCACUGGGCGCUGCUGAGCGCCUGGAGUGACCAGUGCCACACGGCGAGCGAGCCGGCCAAGACGGCUGCCGGGGGUGCGGCGACGGACAAGGCGUGCAACCACAUGCUGUAUGUGACCAAGGACCUGGGUGUGCAGUUCCACCUGGUCUCGAGCUACGUGGUUCAGUUCUCGUGGGGCGACGUCAAGCACAAUCAGCAGAACUGGAUCUACUUCACCCACCACCGCACCAAGGAGGGCGGCCAGCCGAAGUACGGCGGCUGGACCAAGAACGUCGACUUCGCCGUCACCGAGGACUUCGGCCGCUCCCACCGGGUCCUCAUGCACCACGGCAACAAGUUCCUCGUCUCUAAUGGCUACACCUUCGUGGCCAAGUCGGAGGACGAGGCCAAGCAGACGGUCGCUCUGAUGGUCUCGACCGACGGCGGCAAGACCUUCGAGAAGGCCAAGCUGCCCUUCGAGCUGUCGGAGAAGUCCUACACGGUCCUGGACACGUCCGAGGGGGCCGUGAUGCUGCACGUCAACCACGGCGACGAGGGCCGGUCGGGCAGCGGCAAUGUGUACAUCUCUGACCACAAGGGCCUCAGGUACUCCCUCUCCCUACCCAGCAACGUCCGCACCACCACAGGCGAGACCGAAUUCGACCGCGUUCUCUCACUCGAGGGCGUGUACCUGGCCAACUUCAAGGACGACCCAGAGGCCGAAGGCGCGCUGUCUGCUGCGGCGGUUGAGAAGAAGACUGAGGACAAGGCGGCCGAGCAGCAGGAGGAGGAGGUCAGCCAGACGGCGGUCGACUCGCGGCACAAACCCAAGCGGCGGUCGAAGGCCGAGGAUGUCGUCAAGACGGUCAUCUCGUUCGACAAGGGGGCCGUGUGGUCGUACCUGAGGGCGCCCAAGAUCGACUCCACCGGCAACAAGAUCGAGUGCCCCCCCGACAGAUGCUGGCUGCACCUACGUAAAAACACACGCAGGCACUCUCACACACGUGCAUCCAUUUUUCUCUGUGUCGUGUGAUGCGUGUGAUCAGAUGGUGUGACGAAUUUCCACAACUACGCGCCCUUCUACUCGGUGGAGAACUCCGUGGGCAUCAUCAUGGGCACGGGCAACGUGGGCCCCCACCUGCGAUACGAGGCCGACGAAGUCAACACCUAC